GUUACAAUUAUCUCGAAACAGUAAAAAAGGAACAUGUAUAUAUAAGGAAGUUGACCCUAGUACAAAAUGAAAGUGGUGUACACGUUGUAGACAGUAGAAACGCGGUUUACUUGUUUCCUUGUUCAGAACAUACGUUUAUUCCACUUAGAAUUUACUGCUCCAGCGCAAAUUAGGGGUUCAUUUCAAAGGUACACUUCUAUAUAUAUAUAUGUACACUUCUCUGCUUUUGGUAGAUUUAUUAUCAUCUUUGAUUUUGUUAGUCUAGUGAUAGAUUGUUUAUAAGAGUUUUAUUGGAUUUGGGUUUCUUUUAUCUCCCUGCUUUGUUGGAUUUGGGUAAUUCUGAUUGGUUUUGUUGUUAAAAAAAAAAAAAGAAACAGGUUUUGCAAUUGGGUAUUCAGUAAGAAGGAUUAAAUUAAGAGGAAGGAAAUGGCAUUGGGGAAAAAAUGUGGAAGUUAUGGGUCAGGGCUAGUGAGAAGUACUUCGUUUGGGAGGAAAAGAAUUACAGUGGAUGUUGAUUUCAGUCACGCAACACCUAUGAAGAAAGUGUGCAGUCAUAAUUCGUUUUUCAAUUAUGAAAAGUCUCCAAUUGAAGACUUGCCACAAGAUAUUUUGAUACAGAUAGUGUGUGGAGUUGAUCAUGAUGAUUUGAAGAGGUUGUUUCAUGUAUCAAGGGCAAUUAGAGAAGCGACUGUGAUUGCAAGAAGGUGGCAUUUUGAGUAUGCAACACCAAGGAAGACAAUUGGUUUUAAGAAUACUAUCGAGGAUUUGGGUGAAUUCAAUGAUGUUGAAGCGCCAAAUGCUCCGAGGCAAAUGAAAGCUAGAAAAUUAAGGUUAAGCAGAAAGAAAUUAGCCGACAUUUCUGUAAACUUAUUUGCAUCAGAAGAAGAUGUCGAUGAUGAUUGGCUGCAGAGGGAGAGUCAAUAUAUGUAGAUGAUGAUAUUGUCAAUUCUAAGUUAUAGAAGUUUUGUGUAGCUACUGUUGUUGUAGAAGUUGUAGAAGUCAUAGGUCUUUUGGUUUUGGAUCCGAUUAUAUUAAUCGGCGAAUUAGUCUCUAGUGAGAAAUCUUUGCAAGUGAGAGUUCUUCAAUACCUUCAUUGAAGAUGAAUGGGCUUGUUUUAUACAUGUAAAGAGAUGGAGAGUUAAUUUAGGGGGAUUUUGUUUGAAGUGCUUUGUUUGUGGCACUUCUGAUUUCAUAAGAAUGUAGGUUGUACAUAGCAAGUGUUGUGAUAUCAUUUAGUUAGUUAAAUGAUAAUUGUCUUCCGCCUUCAGUUAAAGACUAGUAGUAAAUUGCUCUCUA